ACAUAUUCGAUUGGAUAAAAUAUCGUUCGUUUUCGUAGAUAAAAAUUUGUCUUUAGUUUUCCGAUCAAGUUCCUUGUUAUAUUGUCUAUGUCGACAUCGUAUACAUAAAUUUUAUAAUAGUGGUUGCGGUAGUUCUUUCAUAGGGCUUAUUAUAAAAUAGUGUGUAUUAAAAAGGAAAUACAUCAAGCAAAAUAUUCAAUUGCUAAAGAAUGGAAGAAUAUGUGAGAGAGCCAUGUCCUUGGAGAAUAAUAGAUGAUUGCGGUGGUGCAUUUACUAUGGGUGUAAUUGGUGGAGCUGUUUUUCAAAGUGUAAAGGGUUUUCGUAAUGCACCCAGUGGUUUUAAAAGGCGUUUAGUAGGCAGUUUUAUGGCUAUUAAACAACGUGCUCCAAUUAUAGCAGGAAAUUUUGCUAUAUGGGGUGGAGUAUUUUCUAUGAUCGAUUGCACAUUAAUUCACUAUAGAAAAAAAGAAGAUCCUUGGAAUUCUAUAAUUAGUGGUGCAGCAACCGGUGGAGUUCUAGCUGCUAGGAGUGGAUUGCCUACUAUGGCUGGUAGUGCUUUAAUUGGAGGAGUUUUACUUGCUUUGAUAGAAGGUGUAGGAAUAUUUUUCACACGGUUUCAAGCAGAGCAAUUUCAGCCACCAGCAUUUGUAGAGGAUCCUUCACAUGUUGGUCCAGUGCCGCAAGGAUAUCCUUCAUAAUAGGGAGGAAUAUGCUAGAUUAAUAAAAACUUAACAUGAUAAUUAAAUACCAAUGUUUAGUUAUUAGCAAAAUAGAGAUGGGAUAUGGAUUUGUUCUUUAUUUUUUGGCAGUCUUGUAUACAAUAAUCAUCUAAGAUAAAGAAUAUUUUUUGAUUAGUUUUUCCAUACCCUCUAUAUGAUCAAAAGAUAAUGACAAUGUGUGUACAAUGUGAACAUUUUAUUUCGUCUUUAGUAAUUCAAAAAUCAUAUAUUAAAAUAGUGUUUCUAUUAGGUCAUACUUAUGCUUUCUGAUUGUUGAUGUAUAUAUAAUAAUAAGUCAACUAUAUUAUUCAAACAACAAUAUUAAAGUAACAAUUAAAACAA